AUGGAUGCAUCUUGCCUCGCUUAUACUUACCUGUCUCUCAUAUUAAGGAGUCCUAACAUUGUUCGGAGCUUGAAGGCCAUGUUGAUCAACAUAUGCACUAUGCAAAUUCUUACAGCCCUGACGGCAGCAUUUCUACAAGGAAGAUUGAUUGCCAGCGGUUCAAGCAUCGCAAUACUUUCAGAAGGUCCACUUCGUAUGUUUGGUCCUAUGGCAGGCUUAAUCGCCUUCGACGUCGUGAUAGCAUCGAUGUUUUAUAUAGAGCUAUUGAUAGCACAUACAGUAUUUUGGCGUUAUCGAAUGUUACAACUCCGACAGAUGAACAAAGCAGAAUGCAAUACGCUUACAUUCUCAUUACAAUUUAGAGAGGUAAGUUCGCUCUCAAGCUCGCUCUUUCCGCUCCGUGAAGUGUCGAUAUUCAGAUAUGGGGAAUUCGGAGGAUUCGAAUCGGAAAGUUUAAAUCAGAGGAUCUGUGUAUCCAUUGGCAUUGCAAUUGCGAUCACUUCACCGAUUCUUAUACUUUAUCUCAGACGCUUAAUACUAAAAACUUUUGACAACUCGAAUCAUCAUAUUAGGUCUUUUUUUCUUCAGGCUCUCACAAUGCAAGCCAUGCUCCCGAUCCUUAGCUUCGUACCAGCUUCUUUGUUGGCUGCUAUUGCGUUGGCUUCUGGAUCGGAAACUCCCAUCAGUGAAUAUCUUAGCAUUUGCAUUACAACCUUGCCAUGUGUCAUUGAUCCCCUUAUCGCCUUCUAUUGUGUUCCGCCCUACAGAGCAUGGGUUUUGAAGAAACUUUGCAAAAGGUCAACUCCUAUAAAAGCGGAAUCGACCUCGAAAAGUAUCACUUCCAGCCAUAUUCCAAGGGCUUCGGUAAUUACCCCAGUUGAGUAG